AUGACUAUUAGCUACGAAGCCUUUUUGACAAAGGACCCGCUCGACAACUAUGAAGACCCCGCCAAAUUCAAGCAAUACGCCACCAAGCUCGACAAGUACAGACAAGACUUGGAGGACGCGCUUGUCCCUGAGUACAAGGUGGAAUUGCCCCAGCCCAUUGACCAGUUGAUCGAGAAGCAAUUCAACGCCGUGGACUACUUGUACCAGAACAAGUUGUUGACCCCCAAGGAGUUCGAAAUCACCGACCAGUCGGCAGUCAGUUUGGCUGCCAAAAUUGCCGAUGGUGUCUACACCUCGGUGGAGGUGCUCAAGGCCUACGCCAAGAGAGCAGUCAUUGCCCACCAGUUCACCAACUGUGCAAUGCAGGUGUUCAUCGACGAGGGCCUCGAAAGAGCCCAGUACUUGGACGACUACCUCAAGACCCACGGCAAGACCGUGGGCCCCUUCCACGGUCUCCCAGUCUCCUUGAAGGAGCACAUGGACUACAGGGGCAAGGUCACCCACGCUUCCUACGUGGCAUUGAUCGACAACGUCACCGCCAAGCACGGUGCCAACACCCAGAUCUUGGAGGACUUGGGCGCAGUGUUCUACAUCAGAACCACCCAGCCCCAGGCCAUCAUGCAUUUGGACUCCAACAACAACUACACCGGCUUGACCAAGAACCCCUACAACUUGAGUUUGUCGUCUGGAGGCUCGUCCUCGGGCGAGGGCUCGCUUGUGACCCUCGGAGGUAGUGCUUUUGGUGUUGGUUCCGACAUCGGUGGCUCCAUCAGAAGUCCAGCUGGUUUUUCUGGAUGCUAUGGUUUGAGACCCACCUCCAAGAGAGUGUGCCAGUACGGAGCCCAAGGUGGAGGCAGGGGCCAAGAGGCAGUUAUGCCUGUAGCUGGCCCCAUGACCCGUUCCAUUGAAGACAUCGAGUUCUUCAUGAAGCACUUCAUCAACGAUGGUAAGCCAUGGGACCACGACUUCAACUCCAUCCGUAUUCCCUGGAAGGAUGUUCCUCAGCCAUCCAUCAAGGACUUGACCAUUGCCGUCAUGUACGAUGAUGGACUCGUCAAGCCCACUCCUCCAAUCUUGAGAGGUUUGAAGGACACUGUUGCCAAGUUGGAGAAGGCCGGUGCCAAGAUCGUGGAAUUCAAGCCAAUUAAGACCAAGGAGGCCUACGAGGUUGUCCACAAGAUGUACACAGCUGACGGUAACUCGGUUCAACGUGGCAAAUUGGCUGCAUCCGGUGAACCUCUCAAGAAAUUGACCAAGUGGUUCUUGAACUACGGUGACGGUGCCAAGGACAUCACCGUCUCCGACUACAAGGAGUUGAACGCUGCCAGAGACGACUUGAGACAUGAAUACAAUAAAUACUUCAUCGACAACAAGGUCGACCUUAUUCUUAGUCCCGUCUACAACAAUGUUGCACCAAAGCCCGAAGAGGUGUACAACUGGUCCUACACCUCGUUGUACAACAUCACCGACUUGCCCAGUAUUGCUAUCCAAACCGGUCUUUUCCAAGACCCAGCCAUCGACAAGUGGGAUGCCGACCACGCCAACUACAAGUUCAGAAGCGACUUGGAGAAGUUGGAGCUCGACAACUACAAGCCAGAAGAGUUUGUUGGCGCCCCUAUCAGUGUGCAAUUGGCUACUAGAAGAUACCACGACGAGGAGCUCGUUGCUGGUACCAAGGCCGUGUUGGAGGUCUUGGGUACCGAUUUGUAUAAACAUUAG